AUGGAAAGCACCAAGCCGGAAUCCAAGAUGCCAUGUAUUAUCUCUGUCAUGAGGGCAAUUGCCGAGCAAGAGUUCGGUAGCACCAAGUACCGGAUGAUUUCUCUAGUAAUUAUUACCCUGCUCCUUGGUGCCAGUGUGAUCUUCCUUCUUUUCACCCUGUGGAAGAGCGGCAGAGUGAGACAAUGGACUGCUGGGUUGGGACGCAGGCGGUUUCUCAACAGCCUAUCCAGGAAGAAGCACGAGAAGAUGUUAAAUGGUGACACGAGUAAUGCCCAGAGUGUACAGGAAUCAUUACUUCUGAACAUAUUGGAAACGCACCAAAAUACUGAAUAUGGUCAGAGACACAAUUUCAAAGACAUAACAGAUGUGUCCUCAUUUCAGAAACGCCAUCCCCUUACUCACUACAGUGACUAUAAGGACUACAUCCAGCGCACCAGAGAAGGAGAAGAGAACAUUCUACUACAGGGGAGACCCCAUGCCCUGAUAGUCACAACAGGAACUUCGGCAAACCCGUCAGUGAUCCCAGUCAGUGCUAAGAGCUCCAGGGAUCGCUUCCUUAAGGGAAUAGCGGUAUAUCUGGAAGUUAUUCAAAGCCAUUUCCCUUCAGCUCUGGAAAAGGUGGCCAAGUUCACAUUUCCUCCAGAUGACAACCGCUCUGAAGCAGGGAUUCCUAUUAUUCCUUAUCCUUCUGUUUGUUUCUUCAGUCUCUUGGAGAAGAUUUACUUAUCACCAGUCCUAUUCCAUAAUUCCAUGUCUCAAAAUGAGAUUUUGUACACCCAGCUUCUCUUUGCACUGAAGGAUGUAGAGCUGCGUAUCCUUGAAGCCAACUACUCAUGGUUCCUUCGUCAUGUCUUCUCCAUCUUAGAGGAACAUUGGGAGUCUCUGAUUACAGAUAUCCAGCAAGGGCGCCUUAAUCCAGUAUUCAAGCUACCUUUACAUAUCAGAAAGCAGAUAGAAGACGGUCUGAUUCCGGAUGCAGUCCGAGCUGAAGAACUACGUGCACAGUUCAAAGAGGGUUUUUGUGGCAUUGCUAAGAGAGUGUGGCCAAAACUGCAAGUGGUCAUAGCUUUGGAAUCUGGAAGCAGUGACUUGGAUAGGCAGAUACUUAAGGACACUGUAUGUCAGGGGGUACCAUUUUACUCCCCCAUGUACUGUACAGCAGAAGGUCUUUGUGGUGUGAAUUUGUCACCUGUAGAAAGUAUACCUCAAUACGUCUUGUGUCCCAGUUCUGCAUUCUUUGAGUUUAUCACUGUGGAUACCAGCGAUCAAGACCAGCCACAUACACUGUGUAUUCAAGAUGUCUCUAAGGGGAAACCCUACGAGCUGGUUAUAACUAAUAGAGAUGGACUUUACAGGUACCGUCUUGGGGACAUUGUACAAGUCACUGGCUUCCAUAAUCGCAGUCCCAUACUGGAACUCCUUUACAGGAAAAGCCAGACCCUGAGUGUCCGUGGAGAGCGCAUUUCAGAAUCUAGUUUCUAUAAAUCUCUUCUCCAAACUGUAGGCUUGUGGCCUGGAGCCUCCCUUCUCAACUACUGCUGUGCAGAGAGUGGAAUUAUGGGUCCAUUCUCUGGGGGCUCUGACCCUCACUACCAGGUGUUUGUUGCGCUAAAAGGGGUAAGAGACCUUUCGGAGGAGCAGAGAUAUAAGUUGGAUCAGACUCUCCAGGAACACUUUCCUAUCUAUAAAUCUUUCCGCUUGAAAGGAAGCAUCGGCCCAGUGCGUGUUCACCUGACGAGUCCCAAAGCAUUUCUGAAUCUAAAAGAACUGGUGGCAAAUCUUUCUGGUGUUCCACUGGACUGUGUUCCGUUUUCUCGCACAUUGAAAUACCAAGAACUGGCUGAAUGUAUAUGGAAGCAAGUCUUAUCCUGAGCCCUUCUCUAGAAUGCAGAGUCAUCUGAACUGUGAGCUGUUUUGA